AUAAUAAUAUUAAUAAUAAUAAUAAUAAUAAUAAUAAUAAUAAUACUUAUAAUAAUGAAUUUCUUUUUUGCUAGCCUCCUAAACUUAACUUCAAAAAAAUCAUUUUUUGACCGAGAAAAAAUGUCCCCAUUUGAAUGUGGAUUUGACCCUAAAGCCUCAGCUCGAAUGCCAUUUUCCCUCCAUUUUUUUCUAAUUGCUAUCAUUUUCCUCAUCUUCGACGUAUAAAUUACUGUUCAUUUUCCCCUGAUUGUAUCCCUCAAAUUCAAUAGAAUAAUAUCCUAUAUACCAACUCUUAUCAUAUUUUUAUUGAUUUUAUUAAUAAGACUUUUUCAUGAAUGA